AUGCUGCGUCCUACAGCAUUGAUACCGGUCAUCUUUGGCCUUGCAGCGUUCGUCUUGACCAUGCUCUGUAUAUUCGCCGGCAGCAAACCAAACUUUAUGCAAGAUUACUCUAUCAUCACGUUAAACACAUCUCGCAUCGGCACAAAUGUCUUCAACACAACGUCCUCCAGCAACUCGGACUCGAAUAUCUUUGAAUCGAUUUGGGACAGUAUAACCAACAGUAUUGAGUCUGAUCUCAAUUCCGACAUCAACUCUUUGGCAAAAGAACUAGGAUUACAUGAUUUCUACUCUGUGCAUCUGCUGGACUAUUGCGAGGGGUUUUAUACACCUACGUCCUUGCCCAAUGCCACGGUCCACAAAUCGGAGAUCAAGCAGAAUGUUACGGGAUGCAGUAAUCGCACCGCAGGGUUUCAGUUCGAUCCUGAAGCGGCGCUGCAAAGGGAACUCAACAAAAGCCACACAGGAUUUACAUUACAAGACUUGCAUUGGCCGAAGCAAGUCAAUCAAGGUAUACAUACCCUACGCAUAGCGCAAAAAGCGGCCUUUGUGCUUUAUUGCAUCGCUGCUGCUCUGAUCCUCUUUGCUUCCCUCAUUUCUCUCCUCUCCCUUUUCGUUCAUGGGAGAGUAUUUGCUGUUGUGAAUACCUUACUCUGGAUCCUUGCGUUUAUUGCUAGUGUUCUGGCAUCGGCUAUCACAACUGCUGUGGCGACCAAGGCGAGGAAUGUGGUUAAUAAGCAUGGGAGAAGUGUGGGAGUUGAGGCGAGUAGAGGAGGAAGGUUUAUGGCGUUGAGCUGGGUGGCUACAGCAUUGUGCUUUUUGAAUGUCUUCGUGUGGGUGUUUGAGUGUUUGAGGGGCAGAAGGAGGGAGAGGUAUGGGAGUGGUCAAGUUGUUGGGAAGUGA